AUGGAGAUUUUCUACUGGCUGGUGUUCGCAGCGCUGCUGGCGCUGUGCGUGGCGCUAGAGGCCACUAAGGGGCAGCGGGACCGCGUGGUCACGUCUCAGGCGUUCGAAGCCUUUAAGAAUAACUACCUCGUUAUAUACUGCUUCAUGAUGGGUGCGUGUGUCGCGUGGUGGGUGCGUGAGUCGCAUGCGGGCGACUGGUUGCAGGGCCCGUACGUGUACGCGCUGUACCAGCACUAUGGGUACUCGCACACGGAGAUCGGGCGGCUGUUCGUGGCGGGGUUCGCUUCGUCCAUGGUGUUCGGGACCGUUGUGGGGUCCCUGGCCGACCGCCACGGGCGGCGCAAUGCGAGCAUAACGUACUGUCUGGCGUACAUCCUCUCAUGCCUGACGAAGCACUCGCCCGAGUACCCCGUGCUCAUGGCGGGGCGCGUGCUGGGCGGCAUCGCCACGUCGCUGCUCUUCUCCGCCUUCGAGAGCUGGCUCAUUGCCGAGCACUGCAAGCGCGGCUUCGAGCAGCAGUGGCUGUCAGUCACAUUCGCCCAGGCAGUCUUCCUGGGCAACGGACUAGUGGCCAUCCUCUCAGGGCUCCUAGCCAACACGCUCGUGAGCGACCUGCGCCUGGGGCCUGUGGCGCCCUUUGAUGCUGCCGCCGUGCUGCUGGCGGUGGGCAUGACGGGCAUCAUGAGCACGUGGGGGGAGAACUACGGGGAUACCAAUGAGAGCAAGGGGCUGGUCGCGCAGUUCCGCUCCGCUGCUGCUACCAUUCGGGAAGAUGAGAGAAUCGCCCUGCUAGGCGCCAUCCAGGCACUGUUCGAAGCCAGCAUGUACACGUUUGUGUUCCUGUGGACGCCCGCUCUGGCGCCCGCCUCGCAGCGCAUCCCGCACGGGUUCAUCUUCGCCUCCUUCAUGCUCGCCUGCAUGAUCGGCUCCUCCCUCGCCUCCCGCCUCCUCGCCCGCGCCACCGCCGCCACCACCACUACUAUCACCACCACCUCCUCUUCCUCCUCUUCCUCCUCUUCCUCCUCCUCCGCCUCUGCCGCAUCUGCCUCUUUAGUUUCCUCCUCCUCCGCCACCUCUCUGGUUUCCUCUGCCUCUGCGUCCUUUUCGCAGUCCUUAGUGCAGGUGGAGGGGUACAUGCAGGUGGUGUUCCUCGUGGCUGCUGCUGCGCUCUCCGUGCCUGUAUUCAUCCAUCACUUGAUAGAACCGGCCCCACCAGGGGCCACGAGCAUAUCAGCAGCGGGGCAGGUGCAGCUGGUGGCGUUCUGUGUGUUUGAGGUGUGUGUGGGCGUGUUCUGGCCGUCGCUCAUGGCCAUGCGUGCGCGCUACAUCCCCGAGGAGGCGCGCGCCACCAUAAUGAACUGCUUCCGCAUUCCCCUCAACAUCUUCGUCUGCCUCAUGCUCUCCGAUGUGAGUGCGGGGGCCAUGACGCCCAUGUUCGCCAUGUGCUGCGCCUUCCUCACCAUCGCCGCUGUGCUACAGAGACGCCUCAUGCUGCUCACCACCAAGCCUGGUGCCGCUCAUUCUGGAUACGCACUCGUUGAUACCGACAAGGAUCCGAAUCUGGACUCCGAUCAAAGUGCAGACUUAUGA